AUGCAUCUAGACUUAAUCCAAACUUUCGAGAUCUUCAUAUUCAUCAUAGGCGUCACAGCUCAGGUGGAUUCUUAUUCUGUCGAGGAAUCACCACAAGAACAGCCAAAUCCAACCACCCUGAUCCAAGCCGUGGUAAUCGAACUGCCAGACUUUGAUAUCGUGACGCCAUCAUCAGAUCCUUUCAAUGCUGAGGUUGGAUCCCAAAUCAUUAGCGGAGCAGCACCCACGAUCAAUGAUCUCGACCUCGACUUCGGACUCCCGGUUUUGGGCAUGAGCUCUGUCACCUCGAGUAUAGUACCUUCACCAAUACCUACUCGACGACCAAGGCCUAGACCAAGACCACGUCCCAGACCCAGGCCAUACCUUACAGUGACAGACUCCUACAACACUAGCUCAAUCGUCACCGCCAACCCUUCGCUUCUAGCAGAAAAAUUCCGCUUCAACUCUCGAUGGAGCAGCGACAUCUCUCGCCGAAGUCCCAGCCUUUUUAGUCCCUACACCCAAGCUAGUUUCAUUCAACAGGUCUGUUCCUCUUCCUCUUGCAAGGCCAACAAUAAGUCACACCUACACCCACAAGUUUGUAACCCUCAGACCAACAUUGCCACCGACGUCAGCCAACCAUGA